CAUCCAGAAAAAGGAGGAGGAGAUCCGCCGAUCUGUAUGUGAGGCUGCUCCAGGAAGUGCUAAAGUAACAUCUAUAGUGCGUGAUGAAGCUAUGGAAAAGAUGGAAAAGCAGCUGAAUUUGUGGAUUCAUGAGAUGAUGACCAAUAAAAAAAGCAUAGUGGACAGUAUCAUUGUGAGGCUGAAAGCCAAAGAAAUUUACAGUCAUGUUACCCAGGGCCAGGAAAAUGUUAAACCCUUCUCAGCCAGUGCGGGCUGGCUUGCUCGUUUCAAAAGGCGAUACAGCAUGAAAAAUUUUAAGCUUGCAGGCGAGGCAGGUUCUGCAGAUCAAGAGGCUGCAGAAGAAUUUAAAAAAUACCUGCUAAGCAUUAUACAUGAAAAGGGUUAUGUGGAAGAGCAGGUUUUCAACGCUGAUGAGACUGGCUUGUUUUACAAGAAUGUUGGUAAACGAACCUAUGUAAUGCAGAUGGCUUCCAAAGCCCCUGGCUUUAAAGCAUUCAAAGACCGUGCAACCUUGCUAUUGUGCACCAAUGCCAAGGGCGACUUUAAGUGCAAACCCCUAAUGGUAUACAGAGCCCCAAACCCACCAGCACUUAAAGGGAAAAACCUGAAUUGUAUGCCAGUCCAUUGGAGGUGGAACAAAAAAGCAUGGAUGGUAUCCAAAAUAUUCUUGGAUUGGUUCCACAAUUGCUUCAUCCCAGAAGUCGAAUGCUAUCUCCAGGGCAAAAACCUUGCCUUCAGAGUUUUAUUGAUUUUGGAUAAUGCCCCAGUUCAUUGCCAUGAAGAACUUGAAAAUGCCCACCCCAACAUAGAAGUUCUUUUCAUGCCCCCAAACACUACAUCUCUCAUCCAACCCCUCAAUCAGGGUAUAAUGAAAGCUUUCAAGGCUCACUACAUAAGGCAGCUUUAUAGUAAGGCUUAUGAGUCUCUUGACACCAACAAGGAAACCACCAUGAUAGACUCCUGGAAAGCAGUCACCAUACGCAAUGUUAUUGAUUAUGUUGGCUCAGCCUGGGACAGCAUUAAGCAGGCUACUAUCAAUAAGUGUUGGGAAAAUAUCUGGCCAGACUGUGUGAAAAAUUUUGAAGGCUUCGAAAGUGUUACAGAAAAUAUAAAGAACAGUGUCAAAAACAUAAUGCAUAUUGCACAGCAAAUAAGUGGAGAAGGUUUCAGUGACAUGAAGGAAGAAGACGUGGAGGAACUUUUGGCAGAGAAGGCAGUAGAACCCACCAACAAAGACCUGGAUGAGAUGGGCAAACACAGCAUCAGAGUCAGUGAUGAAAGUCAGGACAGUGAUGAAAGUCAGCCUAGGACUCCAAGAAUUGUCCCUCUCACAGCGGCCAAAAUAUCAGAGUGGAAUUCUGCCUUGGAAAAAAUUUUCAAUGACAUGGAAGAAUGUGACCCUGUGCUUGAACGCAGCCUCACAUUUAAGCGCCUAACCUCCACUGCAUUUGUCCCGUAUUCUGAGACACUUAAAGAUUUGAGGAGAAAGGCCAGGCAGACAAGGCUGAAGCAGUUUUUCGAGCUGGUUUGAAAGCUGCCGACACUGUCGACAAGUUGCAGAAGCCAAAGUCCUGAUGAGAACUGCCAGACCAUGGCACGCCACCCUCACUGUCCUGCUCCUCAUCUGCAGGAUACAUUCCCCCAACCUCUCCUUUGGUUUUCAUGGGGCAAGCCAAGGUCAAGAAGUUACACCGCAUGGACACUGACCAUCACACAUCCUGCAGUUCCAUCCACAAGAACCUGUAAUGGCUUUUUGAAGCCUCUGUAUGACGACUGCUUGGAAAUCCUUGUCAGAUGAUUCCAGCCUCAUUCACUGAGAGGAGAAAUGGUUGCUAAGGUCGCCUCUGCAAUGCCACUAGAAAAGGAAUCAUCUAGAAAAGGUUCCAUGCCGACCAGAACCAGAUCUCCAGACCAGAAUCCAGUUAUGUCUCUGCCUCGUCUAAUGAGUUCUCCUGUGACCAGACUUGGGGGUAGGGCAUUGUCAAAAUUGUCAUCAUUUUCUCCAUAUUUAAUAAAACAAAAUGGACUCUCAA